AUGCGUAAUAUCGUCAUUAUUUAUUCUAAAAAUAUCAUCAUAUAUAUUUUAAUGACGAAAUUUGCCAAUAAUAUCAUAAUAAUGCGUAAGCUCUUAAUUAUUUACGUGGAUAUUAAUUUGUAUUAAUAUAUGUAACAAGCAAAUUAAUCGGAAUCCACUCCAUAACACCCAUUUGCCCUUUUGACAUAAGCACCUCCAGAUCCAAUCUUUGGGAUUAUGAAUGCCUACAAAGCAGACCCUUCUGACAAGAAGAUCGACCUCGGUGUGGGAGCCUAUCGUACAGACGAAGAGAAACCAUACAUCUUUGACGUUGUGAAAAGAGUUGAACAAGAGAUCAUCAAUGACAAUUCAUUAAACAAAGAAUAUCUGCCAAUUGAAGGUUUGCCUGACUUUAACAAGGGCUGCUAAAGGCUAUUAUUUGGCAAAGACAACCCCUUGAUUGAAAGUGGAAGGAUAGUAACAGCUUAGUGUUUGGGAGGAACAGGAGCACUUAGAGUGGGAUUUGAUUUCGUGAAAAGACAUUUCGCAGGAGAUGUCUAUGUCUCGAAUCCUACUUGGAGUAAUCACAAUUAGAUCCUUGACAGAACAGGACUAAACUAAAUAAAUUACCCCUAUUAUGAUCCAAAAACUAAAGGAUUUAAUUGCACAGCAACUCUUGAUUGUCUGUCACAAGCCAAAUAGGGUUCAAUAGUAUUAUUACAUGUUUGUGCUCAUAAUCCAACAGGUGUGGAUCCAACUGAAACCGAAUGGUUAUAAAUUGCUGAAGUAUGCAAAACAAGAAAUCUGAUACCCUUUUUUGAUUGUGCUUAUCAAGGAUUUGCUAGUGGAUGCAUUGAAAAAGAUGCAUUUGCUGUACGCAAGUUUGCUGAACUUGGAUUCUAAAUGAUCGUCGCUUAUUCUUUCUCCAAGAAUAUGGGAUUGUACAAUGAACGAGUUGGAGCUUUGCACAUUGUCACCUCCAGUCAGGAGAUUGCUGCUAAAGUACUGAGCAAUCUGAAAAUUGUAAUCAGAACUUUGUAUUCUUGUCCUCCUGCUAUUGGAGGGAGAAUUGCAAGUAGAAUUCUGUGCAAUGAGAAGUAUUACAACGAAUGGAUUGAAGAAUUGAAUACUGUUACAGGACGUAUCAUUAGAAUGAGAACUCUCCUUAAGAGUGAAUUAGACAAACUCAAUGUCGAAGGAAAUUGGGAUCACAUCACUAAAUAGACUGGAUUCUUUACAUUCACAGGCUUGACACCAGAACAAUGUGAUUUAUUGACUAAAGAACACCACAUUUAUUUACUUCGAUCAGGAAGAAUGUCAAUGGCUGGGAUAACUUCAAAAAAUGUAGGUUAAUUGGCAGAAGCAAUUAAAAUUGUUGUCUAAAAUAAAUGA